AUGGAGAGCUCAAGAGUAUUUGUGUCUGGCCUUCCGCCGACAUUCACCAAUGAUCAGCUUAAGAAGCACUUCGCAACUCGCUUCCAUGUCACAGAUGCCCAUGUCUUGCCAAAGCGCAAGAUCGGGUUUGUCGGGUUUAAGGACCCUGAGAUGGCCAAGCAAGCUGCUGGCUAUUUCAACAAAACCUAUGUCAAAAUGUCAAAGAUCUCUGUAGAGAUUGCUCGUCCUAUCGAUUCCAAACCUGAUGCUAAGAGAGAUGUCAAGGCUUCUGUGGCCAAUGCUUCCACGGAUGGAACUAACCUCAAGCGGAAACGUGACGAGGACCAUGCCAAGCAAGAUCCUCGACUGCAAGAGUAUCUUUCAGUAAUGCAGCAUCCAUCAAAGACGAAGACGUGGGCGAACGACGAUAUCCCCAGACCAGCUGAAGAACAUGCACCAGCGCCCGAGCAGCCCGAGAAGGAUCUUUCUCAGGAUGCCGCCGCUUCGCAGAGGAAGAAGGCCAAGGUGGAUGGCUCUGCGGAGGCCUCGCAUGCACCCACGGAGCGGGAGCAGGCACAACCGGAACCGAUGGUCGUUGACCAGAGUGGUAAUGAGGAGAAUGCUGAAAAAGAGCAGGACGCUUCUGAGACACCGGCCGAACCGGUAUCCGACAGUGAUUGGCUUCGUUCGAAGACAAGCCGUCUUCUUGGUCUUCUGGAUGAGGAUGAGCAGGCAGAGUUUGAUGCGAAACCAGAGGAAAAGCCUGCUAGCCCUGUCACGGCGCGCGUUGACCAGAGCCCAAUGCCUGGUGAGGAGGCAAUCGAGGAGUCCGAGCCGCAGGACACGGAGAUGGCACAGACAGAAGAGCAAGCAGAAGAGCACGAUCCGAAUGUCGAGCAUGUUCGCAACUCUGCGCGUCUCUUUGUCAGAAACCUUCCCUACGAUACCACUGAGGCGGAUCUCGAGCCAACGUUUUCAACAUUUGGCAAAAUCGAAGAGAUUCACGUCGCUUUCGAUACACGACAGUCCACCAGCAAGGGAUUCGCUUAUAUUCAGUAUUUCGACUCUGGUGCUGCUGUCGAGGCCUAUAAGAACCUCGAUGGAACAAUCUUCCAAGGUCGUUUGUUGCAUGUACUGCCAGCUGCCGCAAAGAAGACAUACGAGAUUGACGAAACGGAAUUGUCCAAACUGCCGGUGAAGAGGCAAAAGCAAAUAAAGCGAAAGAUGGAAGCUUCAUCAGCCUCAUUUAGCUGGAACUCGCUUUACAUGAACGCCGAUUCUGUAAUGUCUUCAGUUGCAGAGAGACUUGGAGUAUCCAAAGCGGAUCUCCUCGACCCCACGUCAUCAGAUGCUGCAGUGAAGCAAGCCCAUGCUGAAACGCAUGUCAUCCAAGAGACCAAGGCUUAUUUCACGGCAAACGGUGUCAACAUCGAGGCUUUCAAACGGCGAGACCGUGGUAACACCGGCAUCUUAGUAAAGAACUUCUCGUAUGGUGUCAAGUCGGAGGAGCUCCGAAAUCUGUUCGAGCCGUAUGGUCAGAUCGUCCGACUUUUGAUGCCUCCCAGCGGCACAAUAGCCAUUGUCGAAUUCGCUAGACCCGAUGAAGCGCAGAAAGCGUUCAAGGGCCUUGCGUACCGGAGACUGGGCGAAUCGAUUCUCUUUCUUGAAAAAGCGCCCAAAGAUCUCUUUGACGCGCCACCGUCUUCGCAGCUUCCCGCCGUUGAACCUAAGGGUGUGUCUCAGGGCUUCUCGACUGCGGAUACUUUCGCGGCUGACGAGGUCGAUGAAUCUGUGCCAACUUCUACUCUCUUCGUAAAGAACCUUAACUUUGCUACGACUAAUGAUAAGUUUGUCGAGACGUUUCGGCCGCUGGACGGCUUUGUCUCGGCCAAGCUCAAAACGAAGCCCGAUCCCAAGCGACCUGGACAGAAGCUUAGCAUGGGCUUUGGCUUUGUUGAUUUCCGAAGCAAGGAACAAGCUCAGGCUGCCCUGUCUGCGAUGAAUGGCUACACGCUUGACCAGCAUCAACUGGUGAUCCGGUUGUCGCACAAGGGCGUGGAUGCCGCGGAGGAGAGGAGGCGCGAAGAUACCGCCAAGAAGGUCGCCGCACGGAGAACCAAGAUCAUCAUCAAGAACUUGCCGUUUCAAGCCUCGAAGAAGGAUGUCAGGUCGCUUUUUGGGGCCUACGGGCAGCUUCGCUCUGUGCGGGUUCCCAAGAAGUUCGAUCGGUCCGCUCGUGGUUUUGGUUUUGCUGACUUUGUAAGCGCUCGCGAGGCGGAAAAUGCUAUGGACGCAUUGAAGAACACGCACUUGUUAGGUAGGAGACUGGUGUUGGAAUUUGCCAACGAGGAGGCGAUCGACCCCGAGGCGGAGAUCCAACAGAUCGAAAAGAAGGUAGGGGAGCAGCUGGACAGGGUCAAGCUCCAAAAGCUCACGGGCACCGGUCGGAAGAAGUUCACCGUAGGGGCUCAGGACCACGAGGAGACAUGA